CGCGCGCCAGUGACGUCACUUUCCUGAUUGGCUUGAGAAGGGCAUUUAUCCCGCGCCUACCGAGAGCGCGCGCAUUUCAAAAGAAGACUCACUGCUACACACUGUCCGGGUUUCACACGCAGAGCUGGUGGAUAAAAAUGCAGUGUCAGCUAGAUAACAGGGGCCUUGUGGCCAUCAUCUUUUUCAUUCUGGGCAUGGGAACGCUUCUUCCGUGGAAUUUCUUCAUUACUGCCUUCGAUUAUUUCAACGAACGGCUUCAUACACCAACAUCAAGCAAUGCUUCGGAAUCUGACCAGACCUCUCCCUAUAUGUUCGACAACAUGUGUGUGCUGCUUUCCCAGCUGCCUUUGCUGUUGUUCACGUUACUGAACUCAUUUCUCUAUCAGCAUAUCCCAGAACGGAUGAGGAUAGCUGGCAGUAUGGUUUUCAUUUUACUGCUCUUCAUCCUCACCGCCACUUUAGUAAAAGUCAAAAUGGAGCAGGAUCUUUUCUUCAGCAUCACAAUGGCAAUCAUCUGGUUCAUCAACAUGUUUGGGGCCGUGCUUCAGGGCAGUCUGUUUGGCCUGGUUGGAAAGUUUCCUCCAAAAUAUAGUUCGUGGUUUAUGAGCGGUCAGGCCAUGGCUGGUAUCUUCUCUGCAGUCGCCAUGUUGGUGUCAAAGAUCUCCAAAACAGACAACGAGAGUGCGGCUUUGGGCUACUUCAUCACACCCUGCGCUGCUACACUCCUCACCCUGUGCUGCUACUCAGUGCUGCCUCACCUGAAAUUUGCAGGACUGUAUUUAGAAGCUGGAGCUAGAGACAAAGAGACAAAGCCAGAAUUAAAUGAGAAUCUGACCUUGGUUAAAGUGAAGCCCGUGGAUUCGGACUGCACUGGUAAAAUCAUGGUUACUGACUCUAAUGGUGAAGCCUUCAAGAGCUUGGAUGGAGCAGAGAAGCAAGGAGAAAAGGCACCAGUACUGGCAGUGUUCAAAAAGAUCUGGCUGAUGGCCUUAUGUGUGACGUGUGUUUUCACGGUCACAUUGUCUGCUUUUCCAGCAAUCACUGUCUUGGUGAAGCCUAAUGGUCUGUUUACAGGAACAAUGGCUGAUAUUUUUACACCUCUCAGUUGUUUCUUGGUCUUCAGUGUGAUGGACUGGGUUGGCCGAAGUGCCACCUACAUUUUUCAGUGGCCCAAAAAGGACAGCUGUCUGUUCCCGAUCCUAGUGGCAGCUCGUAUGAUUUUCAUUCCUGCCCUGAUGUUUUGCAACAUUCCCUCCCGUUCCUAUCCAUUAAGUCUUUUCAAACAUGAAUUUUCCUACAUAACCAUCAUGUCAUUGUUUGGCAUGACAAAUGGAUAUUUUGCCUGUCUCUCCAUGUCCUAUGCUCCACAGUUUGUGAGGUCUAAGGAUGCAGAGACUGCUGGGGCUUUGAUGACCUUUUUCCUGGCUUUGGGGCUGUCACUUGGAGGGGCAUUCUCAUUUGUCUUGAAAAAACUCAUAUGAUCGCCUAGUGCUCAUACUCAGGGAGCUAUUUUCUGUUGUAUGUCUACACCUUUCUUGCACCUUAACUAUAGUUUAGUUUUAUCUCUGUUUGUCUGCAUCACUGUACUUUGUCUUUAUGUGUAGCACCUUUGAUCAAGGAGGAACGUUGUUACAUCCGCUUAUAUGGUUGAAGUGACAACGCUUCUUUGACUUUUUUAUUAAGGAUUUUUUUAAUGUUGCACUGUUUUGUAUGCUUGUAAUUUUAUACUGCAAUAUUUUUGUGGAGUUGUGUUACGGUUGUCGAGGAGUGUACAAGAUCUCAUGCUCACUCAAAGGUUUAUUCGGUGCCUGAUUUUCCCCCCAGCAGAGCUGUGGUGACUUCAACGCAAUAGUUAAAGAAUAAGCAAACAUUGUUCUGUACAAGAACCUGUAGGAGAAAAUCAGCACUGCUGUUAUCUAUCGUGUUAUGGGAGAUGACUGCUCUGCUUCAUGCACUCACACAGCUCUCUUUGUACUCCUCAAUGUUCACAUCUAUUAGCUUAAAGAUAAUUUUAGCAUUUAAUAUCCUUUUGCAUUUUAUCGAUUGGAAAUGUUUCAACUGGAUUACACAAACUGCUUCAUUUUUAAAUAUAUAUAUAUAUAUA